AUGUACAACGAAAGUUUCAAGACCAGAGUAUCCUGGUCAGGUGUCCUUCGCCGGUAUCCAUGGUCGCGUUUUAUGGAGAAGAAAAUAUUUCUGCGAAAACAGGAGAACGGUCAGCGGCGGCUGACGGCACCGGAAAUGACGCGAGGUGAGCUGCAACGCGGCAAGGGCGCGGAGAUAUUCCUGGGCCGGUUGCCGCGCGAUUGCUACGAGGACGAGCUGAUGCCGAUGCUAGAGCAGGUUGGCCGACUGCUGGAGCUCCGGCUGAUGCUGGAUUUCUCCGGGUCGACGCGCGGCUACGCGUUCGCGUUGUUCGCGGAUCCGCGGGUCGCCCGGAAGGCGUGUGCGCGUCUCGACGGCUACGAGAUCCGGCCGGGCCACCGCAUCGGCGUGGUCAAGUCGAUGGACAACUGCCGGCUGUUCUUCGGCGGGGUGCCCAAGACGAAAACCAAGUCGGAGUUCCUGGCGGAGCUGACCAAGAUACUGGACGGCAUCACGGACAUCUACCUGUACCCGAGCGCGCACGAUCGCAGCCUCAAUCGCGGCUUCAUCUUCGUCGAGUUCAAGGACCAUCGGGCGGCGGCGAUGGCACGACGCAAGCUUAUACCUGGACGGGUGAUGCUGUGGGACCACGAGAUCGCGGUGGACUGGGCGGACCCAGAGCCGGGAGAUCCGAUCGACGAGGAUGUGAUGGAAACGGUGACAGCUUUGUUUGUAAGGAACCUCGCGCUCGAUAUAUCGCAGCAAAAAGUGAGAGAGAUCUUCCACAGGCACACGAACGUGCCGAUAUUGAAGCUGAAAAAGAUCAAUCACUUCGCUUUCAUUCACUAUGAGAAUCGCGAAAGUGCAGCAACCGUAAUGGACAUAAUGCAGAAACCAAAUAGCAUCAUUGAAAAGGAGGGAUGGGAAAUCCGCUGGGCGAAACCGAUCGGGGCAUCGAAGAUCCUGGAAAGACAACGAUAUAUUCGCGAGGCGGUGGCCAAGUCGGAUGAACAGGGGAUCGAAACACCGCGUCCGAAACGUGGCCAUCGAAAGAAGCACUGCGUCCUGCACAAGAGUCCUGUGAAAGUACAAGAGGAUGACAACAACGUUUCUCUGGCGCAGAUGAGAGUCCUGCAAAACUUCGUCCGGGAAAAAUACGACGCCGUGUGCGACUUCGAUUGCGUACCGAUAUCAGACAUGUCUAAAUAUGUCGGCAGAAUAAUCAUUCGUAAAUAUCAGACAAUCCUGCUCGAGGUUCAAGGCGAACCGAUGGCGUCCAAGCAUGAAGCCAUGAGCGCAGCGUCCGUUAACGUGUAUCAGUAUUUGAUGAAUACGCUCCCAAAUUCGGCGCAGCCAUUCGAACAGCAUUACAUCCAUCCGACAGCAGGCGUUAAUCCCGUGAUCGGAGCGCCGAUCGCGUGGUACCCAGAAAUAGCUCAAAAUUAAUUUUACGACCGCCGACUAUUAUUAUUCCACCGUUCGUUUUUAACCUUUUUUUUUAAUCUGCCGUUGUUGCCCCGAUGUAUAUCUACAGACAAUUGCAUAAAAAUUGUAUAAAAAGAACUGGACAAUUCUUCCAUAUUACUAUUAUCUGAUUUUUAACAUUCAAGUAUUUUAAUAAUAGUAUUGAUUAAUGAAAUAUUCUAGUUGAAAAAUGAUUUUAAAUAACAAGCUCUGAGACAAUCUAUCUUUCACGAGGUGCUCGAGAUAUAUAUAUAUAUUAAGCUUUAAAUUAUUAAAACUGAAUUUUAUGUCGAAUGUUGCGUCGUAAUGAAAUUUUAAUCUGUGUACAACAGAUACAAUUUAUAAUACAUUUAUGAAUUGUAAUAAUAAUAAUAAUACUAUGUAGUAUAAGAGAUUUGUGAUCCAAAAAUUAAUACCAAAUAACUGUUUUGAGACAGUGCGUACCCUCGAAAAAUAUUGAAUAUCGAAUAUAUUUAAAUGUGGAGUAAUUGUUAUAAUAUUUGUAUGAAAUUUUAUAUGUAAUGUUUGAUGAAAUUUUAAUUUAUACAACUGAAAGGAUAAAUCUUAUGAAUGAUAUAUGUAUACGCAGCCAUUUGAGCACCGACGGUCAUUUUAGAAUGAAUCUAUUUAGGUAACGUGAUGAUUUCAUUUCUAAAAUGUAUUGAUUUAUGUAUGAUGAUUUGACAGAAAGUUUGAUACUUUGUUAGGUAGCAGGUUCUAACACACUUUAUAAUUUUUUACUCGUUAUUCUUUCAUGUCAUUAAAAUCUUUACGUUAUAAAUUGCAAUGUUAGUUUAAUAAAUAUAUUUGAUACACAGGAAAUACUGUAUUUUAAAAAAAUACAGUAUAUACAAAAAUAGGUGUUUAAAAUAAAAUAUUUAUUUUAAACAUCACUAUUUCUCUGAACAAAAUAAAUAAAUAAAAUUUCGAUGUUUAGUUCAAUACAUUGCAAAUGACUUUUACUGUUUGGAAUAAUUAAGACACACGUAAUAUGUGUGUUAAAUUCGUAAUGUAUUAUGUGCGUUUUGUAGUUUAAUAAGUUUCGUAGUUUGUGCGUAAUUAGUAUUGCAUAAAUAAGUACAAUUAAUAAUAAAUAUUAAUUAAUUAAUAAUAAAUAUUUUUGUAAAAUUUUCCAAUACUGUCUAUUUCUUUUCCACCUCCGAAUUCCACCUCGUUAAAACUUUGAGAAUG